UUGAUGCUAUGCUUACUAUUAAAGUUAAACGACCCUGGAUUUGUUUUCGCUGUCUCAUUGCAUUUCGGUCCUGCCGGAUGUAAAUGUGCAAGUAAUUCUCUACGCAUCCUUACUCAAUACUUUUACUCUACCUGACUUAAACAAAAAAACUUAUCACUUAUCAACAUGGAGACGGACUUUAUGACCCUAACCCGUUUCAUGCUUGAGGAGCAAAGCCGCUGUGAGGGAGCAACUGGCGAAAUGACACAGCUCCUCAACGCCAUCAGCACGGCGGUGAAGGCGGUGUCCUCAGCAGUAAGAAAGGCUGGGAUGGCUAAGUUGUACGGUAUUGCAGGCUCUCAGAACACAACUGGAGAUGAACAAAAGAAGCUGGAUGUUCUUGCUAAUAAUGUUUUUGUUAACAUGAUAAAAUCAUCGUUCACUACUUGUGCUAUGGUCUCGGAAGAAAAUGAAAACCUCAUUCUUGUUGAUGUUGAUAAGGCUGGUAAAUAUAUUGUGACCUUUGACCCACUGGAUGGCUCUUCAAACAUUGACUGUUUAGUAUCCAUUGGCUCUAUAUUUGGUAUAUGGAAAAAGGAGCAUGAUGGAGCAGCAACAGAAGCUGAUUGUCUUCAACCAGGAUCUAAAAUGGUAGCGGCAGGGUAUGCGUUAUUUGGUAGCGCCACAGCAAUGGUCAUCUCAACUGGAUGUGGCAUCAACGAAUUCAUGUUGGAUCCGGCUAUUGGUGAGUUUGUUCUGACAGAACGCAGCAUAAUGAUGAAGACAAGAGGGAAAAUAUUCAGCAUUAAUGAAGGCUAUGCCAUGUACUGGGAUGAUGCUACCAAGGAGUAUAUUCACUCCAAGAAGUUUCCUGAGGAUGGUAAAGCACCAUAUGGCGCUCGCUAUAUUGGAUCCAUGGUAGCAGAUAUGCACAGGACCAUCAAAUAUGGUGGCAUAUUUCUGUACCCUUCUACAUCUUUUGUUAUUAUUAUUAUUAUUAUAUCUUUGUAUUAUAUCUUUGAUUUCUUCCAGCUUCGUCUUCAGUAUGAAAGCAACCCGAUGGCAUAUUUGGUAGAACAAGCUGGAGGGAUGGCAACCACUGGGAAUGAGAGAAUUCUGGACCUAGUCCCUAAGAGCAUUCAUGACCGAUGCCCAGUUAUUAUGGGGUCUUACCAUGAUGUCAAAGAAUACCUAGAAUGCAAGAAAAAACAUGGAAAAUAGAAUUUUAUAACAAAUAACGCCAAUAAAUGAGUUAACCAUCAUAAAGUGUGGUUUGUCACUGUUCAGGUAUUUUUGGUACAGUCAUUUUUUUAUAUAGUUACAUUCCAGUUUAUAAAGAAAUAUUUUGUCCACCUUGUUUGAUCGAUUAGAAAAGACAGCAUAUAUAUUUUUAUAAGAUCAAUAAACUAAACACUUUAGUAGCGUACAAUUUUACUUUUACUAGUUUUUUUUAAUCAAUUUUUCAAUAUUUGUAAAGUUUAGUUUUUGCAAUUAAUAUUAAUUAUACAACAGUAACUGCUAUGAAAUUUAUACUGGCACUAAGAAACUCGAAAAUUCAAAUAUAUAAAUAAAGUAGUCCUUCACAAAUAAGGAACGUUUACAUUAAAGUCAGACUUGCCAAAAGUCCCUUAUUUUCUUUUCUUAUUCUGGACAGCGCCACCAACGAGUAAGUAUGGGACGCCAAUUAAAUUUGCUAUUGCGUGCACUAAGAAAAAUAAAAAAUGAGUAACCUAAAAUUAUUGCCAGCAGCCCGGGCUAUCCAGAAGUUGGCAUAGAACCCAAAAUGUCUGACGAGAAAGAAAACUGAUCCCCUUUGUUUCUGUGAGUUUUUUCUUCGAUUUUUUGGGUGGCAGUAUAUCUUUAAAAUGCAUAUAAUUUUGAAGGGUAAUUUCUUGUUAACUUAUACUUUUUAUAUGUCCCGAUUUUAAAUUCUGAUAUGUAUUUUCUUCCAUAUUUAGUUUAUUUAAUACCUUUGCUAAACAUUCCACAUUCGUUCGUGAAAAACAAAAAAUAUCCUCAAUAAGGUGUUUUAUAAAGCAAGUAACCAGUGAACCACGCUCAUAAAUAAGCAAGUUAUGUUAACACUGUCGUUUUAGAGGAUUUUACUAUCAAUAUAUAAAAGGUGUGGUCACAUGAUGCAGAAGAUACCAGAAAGGAAUUUUGUACGAUUAAACCCACAUUUUGCUAUAUAACAUGAUUGUACGAAUCCAUUCACAUGUCUGCAAAUUUUCACUCGAUUUUUGUUGAUAAAUCGAAUUGUAUCAGCGAAAUAAUAAUGCAAGAUAGGCUGUUUUUUUCAAACAAUGUUUUCAACACCGAUAACCGAUAGCAAACAAAUAAGGAACUAGGUAAUAAACAUAUAUUUUUUACAAAAUUAUUCAAGAAAAUAUCUGUUGAAUUUAUAUUUAUCUUCAUUUUAUGGCUAUGGUAUGUAACAAUAAAAACUUUUAUAUAAACUCGUA